GAACGCCUCGACUGCACAAGCGCAGGCGGUGCCUACUCCCGCCCCUCCAUCCCCUUCCGCCUCCUCGCGUUACGCUGUCGGCGCAGCGGGCGCAUUCGGCGUAGCGGUGCCAGCGCCGAGGAGGAGGGAGGCUUGCAAAAAACCUGUGGGAGCCACAACAUAUGCUGCUGAUGCAGUUGUCCACGUGAAGCUUUUGCACAAGGGGAGGAGACUGGAACUGUGAAGUGUUGACACUGCUGUGCACCAGCUCAGAAAGAAACUAGCAGUACUUUCAAGAGGAGCCCUGAAAGAAGCCAAGCACCACAAUCUCUAAUCAAGGGAGCUCCUGCUGGUCCGGAGCUUAGAUUUCCCCCACUACCCUUGGAGAUGAACCAGAGACUUCACUUGCCCUCCUCCUUACCUGAAGUCUGUACCAGCGAUGAUACUAUAGCCAGAUCAGACCACCAAAGAGAGAAGAGGAUUUUUCAUUUAAAGCUAGGGUGCCAUUGCAUUUGAACUGAGAUUUCUGUGCUCUAUUUUUAUAAACUGGAUUGACUGGGGAUUUAUUUCUUAUGUUGUGGUUUCACCUUUUUUGAAACAUCUUUAUUGUUUAUAUUUGGAGCUGCUGCACUCUAUAGAUAUUUUUGCUCUUUUUCUUUUUUCUUGAAAAAUUGGGAGUUUCUAGACUUUGUGGUUUUUGGCCUUGUUUGAAUUUGCCCAUGGCUUUCUUGAUGAAGAAGAAGAAGUUCAAAUUUCAAACCAGUUUCACUUUAGAGGAGCUGACUGCUGUUCCUUUUGUGAAUGGGGUUCUGUUCUGCAAAAUUAGGCUUCUUGAUGGAGGAGAUUUUGCCACUUUGUCUUCCAGAGAAGAAGUUCAGGAGAACUGUGUUCACUGGAAGAAGAAAUUUACCUUUGUCUGUAAAAUGAGUGCCAAUCCUGCCACUGGCCUCCUGGACCCCUGCAUCUGCCGUGUGUCUGUCCGCAAAGAACUGAAGGGAGGGAAAACUUACUCCAAGCUGGGUUUUGCUGAUCUGAAUCUAGCAGAAUUUGCAGGCUCCGGGUUCACUGUCAGAUGCUGCUUGCUGGAGGGUUAUGACACCAAGAAUACUCGGCAGGAUAAUUCCAUACUGAAGGUAACAAUUGGCAUGUCCCUGCUCUCUGGAGAUCCUUGCUUCAAAACGCCUCCGUCCACAGCCAAAUCAAUUACUAUACCAGGCCAGGACUCUACCCUGCAGUUGACCUGUAAAGGGGAGGGGACGACCAGCAGCAGCACAACUCCCACCAGUAGCACAUCUGCCACCAUUGGUUCAGUCCGUCAGAACAAGCCCAGACCCACCAUUCUUGGUUCGGGUACGGGUGUAACAGAAGAACCAGACCAGAACCUGUCAAGUCCUGAUGAAGUAUUCCAUUCCGGACACUCACGGAAUUCAAGCUACGCCAGCCAGCAAUCCAAAAUCUCUGGCUACAGCACCGAGCAUUCACGAUCCUCCAGCUUAUCUGACCUGACCCACCGCCGCAACACGUCCACCAGCAGUAGCGCCUCAGGAGGACUUAGCAUGACAGUGGAGUGCCCGGAGGGUGAGCGGGAGCACAAGCCGGAGAAACCACCUCGCCCACCAAGACCAAACCUUCUGUUGGACAGAUCAUCCAGGAGAAAAAAGGAUUCUGUGGAAAGCCAUCCCACCUGGGUGGAUGACACCCGGAUCGAUGCAGAUGACAUAGUGGAGAAAAUCAUGCAGAGUCAGGACUUCACAGAUGUCAGCAACACUGAAGAUAGUAACCUGAGGCUGUUUGUGAGCAGAGAUGGCACAACUACACUAAGCGGAAUUCAGCUUGCCAACAGCUUUCUGACGUAUGAUUUCAGGCCAGAGUCUCAUCUGGAGUUUACGAGCCAGUGGUAAUCGAAACCCAUUAAAUGUGAACAGAAGCAAGUAGACCUGCUGGAAACAGUCUCCUUCCCCAUCUGAGGUGGUGGUGGUGGAUGCCAUUCUUUCUCCCUUUCCUAACCUCUCUUCAAGCAACAUUCCAGGCAGGAUUUCCCGAAACCUGUUCCCUGACAUGUGUGCACUGCAGAACCUUCUCCAAGGACUUGACACUCCAGAACAUGCACUUUUGCCCAAAUCUG